AUGUUUUUGGUGUCUUUUUUCUCUCUACAUAGUCCAGUGGACGCGGAGAGCAUCAGCCUGAUGGCUUCAUUCCCUGAUCUGUUUGGGAGUGUGUUCAUGUUUGCAAAGAAGAGAGGAUGGAACUCCAGAGCGAAGUUCAUUCCUCUCCACUCUGUGCCUACUGAGUCUUUGUCUGUGGACACGUUCUCCCACAAGAACGACGUGUACGUGGCCAUCGCUGCUCCCAACAUAGAGAGCUGCAUGGUGCUCCAAUGGGACCACAUCGAGAUGAACUUCAGGAGUUACGACAACAUCACAGGUCAGUCCAUAGUUGGCUGCAAGUCUGUGAUCAUCCAGGACCAGGUGUUUGUCAUCGUUGCUCAACUCUUUGGUGGUUCCCACAUCUACAAGUUUGAUGAAGACCAGAGCAAGUUCACAAAGUUCCAAGACAUUGAGGUUUCCAAGAUUUCCAAGCCGAAUGACAUCGAGGCCUUUCAGAUCGGCAACGACUGGUUCUUCAUCAUCGCUGACAGCUCGAAGGCUGGACUUUCUACUCUCUACAAAUGGAACGACAAGGGCUUCUACUCCUACCAGUCGCUUCACGAAUGGUUUCGUGAUACAGAUGCAGAGUUCGUGAAUUUGGAUGGUAAGGCCCAUCUUAUCCUAGCGAGCCGUUCCCAAGUACCAGUUAUCUACCAGUGGAGCAGGAGCACUCAGAAGUUUGCCUUGCAAGGGGAAAUCCAAAACAUGGAAGAUGUAGUCGCUGUCAAGACCUUCCGGAUCAAGGAGGAUCUUUAUCUGGCCAUGACCCGAUACAUCGGCGACUCCAAAGUCUUGCAUUGGACUGCGAAGGAGUUCUCCGAGGUCCAGGCCCUUCCUUCGAGAGGCUCCAUGAUCCUGCAGCCAUUUUCCUUCAAAGAAAGGUACUACCUGGCUCUUGGAAGCGACUACACCUUCUCCCAGAUCUAUCAGUGGGAUGCAGAGGAGAAGGUUUUUGAGCGUUUCAAGGAAGUCUACAUCCAGGCUCCACGUUCCUUCACUGUGGUCUCCACUGACCGGAGGGACUUCGUAUUCGCCUCCAGUUAAGGCAGCACACAGAUCUUUGAGCAUAUCAUCAUUGAUCUGAGUCUUUGAGUGCUGUUGUGGACACAGUCGCAAUUAAGGCACGUCUUAAGAAGUUGGACAUUUUCCUGGAAAGGCAAUUAGUGGGUUUUAAGACGAGGGAAGUCUGGGAAGCAAACGUAAUAUGGCAUUAUCAGGUUCACAGUAAUAAGUAUUACACCAUGCAUCUGUGUAGUUUUACAUAGAUUCUGGGAGGGCCUUGACAUUUUUUUUUUGUUUUAAUAUAUUAUAAUUGUUAUAUAAUAUAUAGAACAUUUCCUCAGCCCUACUGAAAACAUUUCUGCUGAACAUACGGUGCAUGGGCUGCGGAAAAAAGUUGCACUUGUCACCUGUAACUACCUAAAUCACUCUUCAUAAUGAUAUAUACUGUAACUCCGAGAGCCUUUAAAAACUCUGUAAGCAACAGCUGAUAUUGUGCAUGAUGUGGCUGCAACAACAUUGAGAAUAAAAAAAAAAUUUUCAAUUUCAGAGCAGGCGAGUGGAUCAAGUAGUGAUACAGGUGACAAGUGCAGCCCUAUUAUCUUUAGAGACAUUUUUACCUCAUUGUUCAUUAUUUAUUUAAAUCAUGUCUCUCUUUUGGUGGACUAAGUUUUAAUGCCAAGUAAUUAAUAAUUUAAAAUGAAUUGCCUCUAUUAUAUUUACCAGGAUCUGUUCAGAGUUAAACGAAUCAAAAGUUAUAUUUCAGUUGUGUGAUUUUAGGCAGAAAUGUUGGUGUUUACGUGGUUGGUUGUAAAUGAAUUCAAGAAUGGAGCCUUUUGUGAUCAUCUACAUUUCAAUACAGGGAAAUUGUCAAAAGCACAAGCCUUUAAAAUCAUCAUAUUAAUAGAGAAAGAAACUUAAUAUUAAUCAUUACAACUUAAAGUGGAAAACUGAUUUUGGAUAAAGAUUUUUUUUUGUUCUGUGCAAUAAAUGUAACUGCUUUUUAUUUUAAGUACUAGUGGCAACUGUUGAAUGUCUGACUUGUUCUGAUAACAAGUGCGUUAAAAUAAGAACCUCAUUUUCAUACUGUUUUGGGAUAUACAGAGAAAAGAACACAACCCUAAAUAAUGACUGCAGCCUGCAAAAGCAUGAUAUACAGCUAUUAAUAUUCAAUACCUUUAAGUCUU